CUCGGGACCGAGCGGGAGCGGAGCCGUUUCCCCCCGCUCGCAGCCCGGGGCGGGGGGAAGGGGUCGCCCUAAGCCCCACCCGCGAUGCCGGGGGUCCCGCUGCCCUUCGUCCUCCUCCUCCUCGCCGGGGCCACCGCACAGCCCUUCCCGCGGGACCUGGUGGCUCGGAGCACCGUGGGGCUGCCAGCCACGGCCGCGUACCUCCGCUUUGGGGGGCUCCGGGGGGACAACGGCACCGCCCGGCUCGGCCUGGACUUCCAGCGCAUGUUGCGGCUCAACCGGACCCUGUUCGUGGCCGCCCGGGACCACAUCUACGCCUUCGACCUGGGGCGGGACCAGGGGACGCUGUACCCGGAGCGGCACCUCACCUGGGAGACGCGGGACAGGGAGAACUGCGCCAUGCGGGGCCGGCGGCAGGACGAGUGUCACAACUACAUCCGGGUCCUGGUGCCCCGCGACCCCGAGACCCUCCUGGCCUGUGGCACCAACGCCUUCAGCCCCCUGUGCCGCACCUACGAGGUGAACAGCCUGGCUCAGGUGGGCGAGGACGUGAGUGGCCAGGCCCGGUGCCCCUUCGACGCCAAGCAGAGCGUCGUCGCCGUGUUCGUCGAUGGCAGCCUGUACUCGGCCACGGUGGCCGAUUUCCAGGCGAGUGAUGCCGUGAUCUACCGCAGCCUCAGCCCCGGGAGGGCCCCCCUGCGCACCCUCAAAUACAGCUCCCGCUGGCUCCAGGAGCCCCAUUUCGUCCAGGUGCUGCCCUACGGGCCCUACGUCUACUUCUUCUUCAGGGAGGUGGCAGUGGAGCUCAGCGCCCUGGGCAAGGUGCUGGUGGCCCGGGUGGGCCGCGUGUGCCGCAAUGACCGGGGCGGGUCCCCGCGGGUGCUGGAGCGGCGCUGGACGUCCUUCCUGAAGCUGCGGCUGCACUGCCCCGUGCCCGGGGACACCGUCUUCUACUUCGACGUCCUGGAGGCCGUGACACCCCCCCAGACCCUGCACGGCCGCCCCGCCGUCCUCGCCCUCUUCGGCACCCAGCCCAACAGCAUCCCCGGCUCGGCCGUGUGCGCCUUCUACCUGGCAGACGUGGAGAGAUCCUUCGAGGGGCCCUUCGCCGAGUCCCGGGGGGCCACCUGGACCCCAGUGCCGGAGGACAGGGUCCCUCAGCCCAGGCCGGGCUGUUGUGCCGGGAUGGGACCUGCUGCUGGCAUUGUCACCUCCGGGGACUUCCCCGACGAGACGCUGGUGUUCGCCAAGGAGCACCCGCUGCUCCAUGGGGCCGUGGGGCCCGCGGGAGGGCGGCCCCUCUUCACCCGCACCGGCACCAGGCUGACCCAGCUGGCCGUGGACACGGGCGCGGGGCCCCGCGGGGACCACACCGUGCUCUUCCUCGGCGUCGAGGACGGGCGGGUGCUGAAGGUCCUGGCGGCCACGCGGGACCCUGAGACCACCCAGCACCCCACGGGCACGCCGGCCCCUGGGGACACCCCUGGUGCUGUGGACACCGGGGACACGACGCUGCUGCUGGAGGAGAUCAGCCUCUAUGACCCCGGGCGGUGCCGGGCCCCGGGGGGCUCGGGGGUCCCCAGCCGGGUGCUGGGGCUGGAGCUGCACCCGCCGGGCCGGGAGCUCCUCGUGGCCUUCGCCGGGUGCCUCGUGCGGCUGCCCCUGAGCCGCUGCCACCGCCACGGCACCUGCCGCAGGAGCUGCCUGGCUGCCCGGGACCCCUACUGUGUCUGGCUGCCCCCCAAGGGCUGCGUCCCCUUCUCCGAGGACCUGCCGAGCAGCUUCCAGCAGGAUGUGGAGGGAUCCCUCGGGAUCAGUGGGACCUGCCAAGAGGCACCGGCUGUGGGGCAGGAUGGGGACGAGGACGGGGACCUGGCCCACGGGGUGCGGCACCCCGGGCCGGGGGCUGCGCUGACAGUGCCGGUGCCGGUGCUGGUGGGCUGCGUGCUGGGCGCCUUCGCCCUGGGGGCCCUGGGGGCCGGGCUGGUGGCCACCUGCUGCCACCGCCCCGCCGUCCCCAAGGCUCCCCCGGAGCCCCCGACCCCGCGGACCCCCGCCCAGCCGCCCGUGCCCCGCCUGUACCCUGCGCUGCCUCGGGACCCCGAGCUGCCCACCCCCGAGCCCACCCCGCAGCCCCCGGCCAAGACCCCCCGGGAGCGGGUGCCAGAGCCCCGACGCGGCCACCAGAGCGCCCAGCUCAGCGCCCUGGGGUGCCCGGAGCCCCCCGGGCCGGGCCCCCCGCCCAAGGCCACGCGGGGGGAGCCGCUGCAGCGGCCGCAGGGGUCCGGGGGCCCAGGCUGGGCCGUGCCCCCCGCCAGCGGCUCCUUCGCCAACCGGGUGCAGCCUCGCGGGCUCUUCGCGCGGGGGGCUCCUGCCCUGGCCCCCCAUGACAAGGCCCCCCUGCGCCUGGACGUGCCCCACAGCCCCCCGCCCCGGCGGCCGCUGGCCCAGAGCCUGUCGCUGGGGGGGACCCCUGCGAGCCCCCCCGGGGGGGGCCCGGCCCGGGGGCUCACCCGCAUGCACUCCCUGGGCACGGGGGGGCCGCCCUGGGGCCCCCGGCACGGCCCCCUCGAGCGCUCCCUGUCCAUGAAGCCCCCCCUGCUCCCCAAGCCCCUCCUGCUGCCCGCGGCACCCGGGCGGCCCUGAGACCCCCCCGGGUGGGCCUGAACCCCCCAGGGUGGGCCUGAACCCCUCAGGGGACACUCUGGUCCCCAGUGCCCGUGGGAGACCCCCUAACUGCAGGAGGGGGACCCCCAGGCAAGCCUCUGCCCUGUGGGAGGGUCCCCAGGACUGCCCCAGUGGGGGCCCCCCCAUCUCCCUGUCCCCGGAGGACCCCUGAGCCCCCCCAGCUCUCGGCCCGUGGUGAUGGGGGGGUUCCUGUGUCCUCCAUAGAGGUUUUUGUGGGGUCCCCACGUUCCCCAGUUGACCCCACAGAGGUGACGGUGGGGUCCCCACAUCCCCAACCUGCAGCGACGAGCUCUCCAUGUCCCCAGUUUCCCAGGGUUUGGGGGUCUUUUUUGAUCCUUUCUAAUUUAUUUUCUGCUCCGGGGAAGGGGGGGUGGGAGCUCCUGUCCCCCUUUCCCCCACCCCCCCAGGGGACUCCAGGGAGGGGUGACACUCUGGUCCUACCGUGUAGGAGCAGGGCUGGGCCGUGGCCACGCACGGCAUGGGAUUUUAU